UCAGAGCGAAGUCUACCUUGCCUUGAUGCAUUGGAGGAGCGUAUGACCAGCCUGCAGAGUUCGAACCCAGUGGAUCAAAACCUUCUUUACUCCACCCUCGUCAAAGUAAAGGCCGAUAGCGAGAAAAUCGAAGGUAAACUUAGGCGCAUAACCCGGGUUGGAAUAGGAGAACAGGCUGACGAAGUUUCGACGAAAAAAAUUCGAACAGGAACUUCUAGGAAGAAUAACGCUCAUCGUCACCCACCCGUGAAGCCGAGGAAUCAAGGUGGGCGCGACCGUUUCAUAAAAAUUGAGGUUCCCUCUUCUGCUAUGAAGGACAAGCUACUGCGUCACAUGAAAUCGGGACGACAGAGCCUAACAAGGCGUUUCGUUCAUUCGUACGCCCGUAGAGAUUACACAGUGGAGGAAUUGGAAUUGGACCGAAGCCUACGCAAACAGGCAGGUUUGGCCAACGCGAAGGUUGGAAAGCUCCAGUAUGUGGUCAGAGACCUCCAAAUACACCAGUUAAAGAAUGCAAGGCAUCUGCCGUAUCGGAGUCCUACCUCAUCUUCGAAGUCAGCCAAAGUUUCAUCAGGGAGCUUGGUUGGAUCCAUGGAUGCAUCCAUCGUCGGCACUUCCAGGUCUCCUAACAUCUCCCCAUAG